AUGGGGAGUAAGCUGAGGAGUCCUAACGAGCUCUUACGACGUACGAGUGUUGCUGAGGCGGGCGAGUUGACGAAGUACCAUGAACGACUGCUGGCGGCGCUGGCGAGCAGUCAGAGGUAUGCUGAGCAGGCACGGGAACGUGAGCAAUUACGACAAGCGCGCUAUUACAACAGACGAGUGAAACAGAGACGAACCUUUGAAGCUGGGGAUCGUGUAUGGAUGUAUCGGCCGCCGAGAGGACCGAAAGCGUCCAAGUUCGUCCACCAGUGGAUUGGUCCGAUGAAGAUCAUCGAACCUGCGGGAUACGACAAUUACUUGAUCGAACGAGAGGAUAAGAGCGGCGAGUGCGAGCAGUUUGUGGCACAUGUUUCAUUUUUAGUCACUUAUCGCUACCCCGCUGAACUAUUACGAGACGUAGCGGCUGACUUGGAAGCGCAGUUGGAACAUGAAGGCGCGUUCCAACGCGAAGGUGAUGCAGCGACGGCAGGAGAAACUGUGGGAGCAACGUCGGCUCCUGCACGUGCAGCGACUGCAGGACACGGCAAGAAGAGAGAUGGACGAGCAGUGGCGAGUGCGAGCGAGUCCAGACUGCAGGACGAGCUCCUGGUGGAGCUACGACGACGGCGACGACGGAAUCGAGCUGGCACUACAUACUUGAGUACGAGUUGCAGCCCCUACGCACACGUGGACGACAGCGUGGAGCAGCGACGGAUGACGAACGGUGUUGGGUGUCCGUACGCGAGUACGAUCGACUGUAUCAGGCCGGCAGAGUCGUGGAAGACUCUGCAGGUGGAGAAGACGUGUAACAGGACAUGGGCAGAUGGCGGUCACGGCAUGGUGACCACGGAGGCGAGCAGCGGUAGCUGGUCGCACGAGUCGGGCGACGAGUGGGGCAUGGCGGACGAGAGCGGCUGGCAUGGGUGCGUGGUGGCGGGUCGCGAGAUCCAGACGACGGUGGGUGCGGAGAGCCGCACGAACGCGAUCUUGGCAGCGAACGGUCGCUCCGAGAGCAGUGGCAGCCGGAACGGACGGCUGGGAGUGGCUGACGAAGAAGUUCUCGAAGCUGAAGGGUCGGCAGUGCGAGCUGGCCUUCGGGCUGGAGAAGAACGAGCGGUGGCGAACGAGUGA